CGGCCGGUCUGCUGACUGUCAAACCCCGAGACUCGCACCGCGACCCGGACACCCGCACGACCAGGCCGAGCCUGGUCUUUGAGUGCCGCCAGCGGAGCUCCUGACCCGGACUGGUUCCUGCAGUCCUCCGCUGUCAGCCGGAGGCCGGAUCGUGGGCCUGAACACGCCGAACCCGUCGCUCCUAGAGCCGGACCCUGUCGCUGGUCCCGCUCCGAAGCUGCCGGCCAGCCGGUCGACUCCAUCCGAGCCAGUGUGACCCCGCCGGCCCGCCAUGGCCCUGCUGGACCUGGCCAUGCAGGGACUGGCCGUGUUCGGCUUCAUCCUGUUCCUGGUUCUGUGGCUGAUGCACUUCAUGUCCAUCAUCUAUGUGCGUCUCCACCUCCACAGGAAGAGGUCGGAGGUGAAGCAGCCGUUCGUGCAGCUGGUUGGAGUUUCUCUGCUGAAGCCUCUGAAAGGCGUCGACCCGAACCUCAUCUCCAACCUGGAGACGUUUUUUACCCUCGAUUACCCCAAGUAUGAGAUCCUGCUGUGCGUUCAGGAUCAGGACGAUCCAGCCGUCGACGUCUGUAAGAAGUUGUUGGGAAAAUAUCCGAACGUUGACGCUCGACUGUUCAUUGGGGGGAAGAAAGUUGGAAUCAACCCCAAGAUCAACAACCUGAUGCCAGGCUACGAGGCGGCCAAGUACGGCCUGGUGUGGAUCUGUGACAGCGGCAUCAGAGUGAAACCAGACACCCUGACAGAUCUGACCAAUCAGAUGACAGAGAAGGUGGGGUUGGUCCAUGGGUUGCCGUAUGUUGCUGACCGCCAAGGAUUCGCAGCCACUCUGGAACAGGUGUACUUCGGGACCUCCCACCCUCGCUCCUACAUCUCGGCUAAUGUGACGGGGAUAAAGUGCGUGACGGGGAUGUCGUGUCUGAUGAGGAAGGACGUGUUGGAUCAGGCCGGCGGAUUGGUUGCCUUCGCUCAGUACAUCGCUGAGGAUUACUUCAUGGCUAAAGCUAUCGCUGACAGAGGGUGGAAGUUCUCCAUGGCAACACAGGUGGCGCUGCAGAACUCUGGGUCGUACUCGAUUGGCCAGUUCCAGUCUCGCAUGAUCAGGUGGACGAAGCUGCGGAUCAACAUGCUGCCGGGCACCGUGCUGGAGCCCGUCUCCGAGUGCUUCCUCGCCAGCCUCAUCAUCGGCUGGGCGGCUCACCACGUGUUCAGGUGGGACAUGAUGGUGUUCUUCAUGUGUCACUGUCUGGCCUGGUUCCUGUGCGACUACGUCCAGCUGACUGGAGUUCAGGGCGGGCCGCUCUGCUUCUCCAAGCUCGACUUCGCCGUCGCCUGGUUCAUCCGGGAGUCGAUGGCGGUCCAGAUCUUCCUGUCGGCUCUGUGGGACCCGACCAUCAGCUGGAGAACUGGACGGUACCGGCUGCGCUGCGGCGGCACCGCCGAGGAAAUCCUGGACGUCUAGUUACCACGGCAACAGGCUCCUCCUCCUCCACACGGCAGAGGGGAGGGGCCAGAGACUGAUGUUUGUUUUAUAUGAGACGAAACUGAAGUAAGUGUGUGUGUGUGUGUGUGUGUGUGUAUGUAGGUGUGUGUGCGGGCGUGUGUGUGUUUUUAACUAUUUAUGUUUCUUUUGGUGCUAAACGUAAAAGAUGCCAGAACAAGCCAAUGAGGGCAGCGUGGGAAGGAAAAAAAAAGACGAGUGUCGCAUCGCACUGAAUUAUCUGAUCUUUGAUCAGAGCAGAAAAACAGAGGAAGACAAUCAGCCAAUCGGGGCGGAGAACAAGCACAAACUCUCCCACCUGAUUGGCUGAAUGAAACCAUUUUGGUUUUGGCUUCGUGUUUCAUAAAGUUUUGUAUGGAAGCAAAUCAGACUGAAAACCAGCAAAUGAUUUACUUUGACUCUCAUCAGAACGUUUCACACAUGAAACCCCAUGAGUCCUGGUGUGACAGGUGGCUUUAGCUCCGCCCACAUUCCACCUGUCACCUGCAGCUUUCACUCACAUCGUCGUGUGUAAAUACGUAAACGAAGAGACGAGUCGAUGACCUGAAUGUGGAGGACGAAAGAAUCGACUGCACUGAACCGUUUGCUCCUCCGGCGGCGGCCGGGUGGGAGGAGCCGGGUGGGAGGAGCCGGGUGGGAGGACGAACGUCAGGAUGUCGAACACAGCUCGUGGUUGCUCUCUGAAAGAUGUGGUUGCUCCUCCUGCAGCGGUUUAACAGACUGACGGCAGCGCUGGCGCCCCCUGCCGGUUGUCCGAUGGACAGCGCUGGCGCCCCCUGCCGGUUGUCCGAUGGACAGCGCUGGCGCCCCCUGCCAGUUGUCCGAUGGUUGCGUUGGUUCAUUCGGAGCAGAAACCUGAAAACUGUUCUGAAAUCUUUUUGUUCUUUAAAUAAACUGCAUCAGAAAAAGCGUCACAUUUGAACCAGAACGUGUUUUUGAGAAUCAUUAUUCUGUAAAACAUGUUCUCGUAGGUGUCACAUGUGCCAGUUUGGGGUUUUGGACAAAAAGGACAAAAUAAGGAAUGAACUAAAGACAGAGGGUUUGAUCAGAUCUCAGCUGACUGGUGAAUCAGUUUCAAAGUAAAACAUUUGUGGUUGAAAUAAAAUUCUCAGCUCUCGUUUGCUUCCAUUGUUUCUGCCAACACAGAAAAAAACAAACUACAAAUAACUUUUUGCUGACAUUUGACCAAAAAACAUGAGCAAAAGGAGUCAAAGUGUGGAGCUGUGUGAUUGGACAGAAGCUCGUUUCUUCUUCAAUGAAGAGGCUGGAGACGAUCAGGACAAAGCGUCUGUAGGAGAACACCGACCUGGUUCUGAGCAGCCGGGGAACAGCGUCCGUGAAGUGGAGCCAGUUUUUCAUAAUUAUCUCGUUAUUCGAUGACGAACUGAGACAGAAAGGCAGCUUGUGAUGAAAUACGAAGUCUGAAUUACAAGAUCCAGUGAUUCAAACGUCUGACAAACAUUAUAAAUACUAAACCGGCAUCUUUGUCGGGUCAGCAGUCGUUUUAUCCAGAACUCCUUUACAGGAACACAAAGUCCCAUCUGUAGUCGUAGAAGUGGAACGAGUAACGAGUCAGAGGACCGCGAACGUCUCCAGGAUCUGAGCUGUGAUUCAGAAUCCUAGUCAGAAAACCAUCUCUGUGUUUGUUCUUCACUGAACACUGCUCAAAGUAAAACUGAUCGAAGUCGCCACGGAGAACGAGGAAGAAGAAAACACACCUGGCCAAUGAGAGCAGAGAAUGUUGGUUGAUCAGAAUGUUUUUAAUCCAGUAUUCUGACGCAAAACGGUCGAAACAUUUCACCGAAUAUCAAACACGGGACCAAAAACACAACUCGACAUUUCUGCAGUCUGAACACUGUGUGUGUGUGUGUGUGUGUGUGUGUGUGUGUGUGUGUGUGUGUGUCUCUGUGUGUGUGUGAUCACAGGUUUCAUAAAGCUGUUUUGCUUCACUGUUAGCUGUUAGCGUAGCCACUCGGGGUUUGGUUGAUGACAUCAGCUGGCUGUCGGACGAGCCCCCGUCAUCGUCCAAUCGGAUUAGUAGGAUUCUUAUUUGUUUAUUGUCGAUGUUUUUUUUUAAAGACAUGAUCAGCUGUAGUCCGCAAUCCGACCAAUCACAGUUGAGGAUUGUGUCAACACAGGAACAAUAAAGUUUUAUCCUUGUAAAGCUGAA